AUGUUUGAUUCUACUAUCGAGAUUCCUAACGGAGAUCACCAGGCCCGGUGUGAUGCAAGGUUCUACGUGGUACGUGACGGAAAUCAGCCACUGCUGGGGAAGGAUACGGCAAAGGAACUGGAUGUUCUGCGAUUGGGAGUUCCAAGUGAUCGAAAUCAAAUUGCGCAGAUUGUUGUCAAAUCGACUUUUCCGAAGAUGAAAGGCCUAAAACUGCACAUACCAAUCGACAAGUCAGUGACACCAGUGGUUCAGCAUGCUAGGAGACCUCCGAUCGCCUUACUGAGCCGAAUAGAAGAGAAGUUGGAUCAACUCGAGGCAACCGAUAUAAUAGAGAAGGUGGAUCAAUACAGUGAUUGGGUUUCACCUCUGGUCGUCAUAGUUAAAGACAGUGGAGAACUGCGAAUUUGUGUGGACAUGCGAGUUGCUAAUCGAGCAAUCAAGCGAGAACAUCACUUAAUGCCUACAAUAGAAGACUUUCUCCCACGUUUCAAGUCGGCGAAGUACUUUUCAAGGCUGGAUAUUAAGGACGCUUUCCAUCAGAUUGAACUUGAUGAAUCAUCCCGUUGUAUCACAACUUUCAUCACUCAUCGUGGAAUGUACAGAUACAAGCGGCUGAUGUUUGGAGUGUCAUGUGCUCCAGAAAUGUUUCAGAAGAUAAUUGAGCAACUUUUGGCCGACUGUGAGAACUGUGUCAAUUUUAUUGAUGAUAUUUUUGUAUUUGGUGUUGAUGAGGAAGAUCAUGAUCGUUGUUUGCGAAAGGUUUUGGAUGUGUUACGAAAGCAUGAUGUUCUACUGAAUGCUAGGAAAUGUGUGUUCAAAGUCACCGAAUUAGACUUCCUGGGUCAUCACGUUUCGAGAGAAGGUAUUCGACCUGCCGAAAGUAAAGUAGAAGCUCUACAAAGUUUCAGACCGCCACGUGAUGCUGAAGAGCUGAGAAGUUUUCUUGGACUAGCGACGUAUGUGAGCCGGUUCUUGCCAGAUUUUGCGACAGUUUCAGCACCUCUUCGAGGGUUAACACAUAGUGGAACACCUUUUGUCUGGAAUGAAGACCAGGAAACUGCUUUUCAAAAAUUGAAAAACAUGAUUGCAGAUGUCAAACAUCUAAAAUUUUUCAACAAUAACUUGCGUACCAGAGUCAUUGCUGAUGCUUCACCUGUUGCUUUGGGUGCAGUUUUAGUUCAGUUUCCACAUAAGUUCAAUGAUACUGAUCCUUACAUCAUUUGCUAUGCAAGCAAAAGCCUCACAGCUACAGAACAACGUUAUUGUCAGACGGAAAAGGAAGCUCUGGCAUUAGUGUGGGCUGUAGAAAGGUUUUCUAUAUAUUUGCUUGGACGAGUAUUUGAACUUGAGACUGACCAUAAGCCUUUGGAAAUGUUAUUCAAACCAAGUUCACGGCCGUGCCCAAGGAUCGAAAGGUGGGUUCUACGUUUGCAGUCUUUCACAUUCUCGGUGAAGUAUCGGAAAGGCUCAACAAACAUUGCUGAUCCGUUUUCAAGACUAACGGAGCAUCGACCUGUGGAUGAUGAGGACAUGGAGCAAGACGAAAAGUUUCUAAUACUAGCUAUUUUGGAAUCAUCUGCCAUUGAUGUAAGCGAAAUUGAAGAAGCGACGAUCAAUGACGCGGAGAUGAUUUUAGUGAGAGAUGCUUUACGUUCUGGUUCAUGGUACAGACCUGAGACAAAAUCGUAUGAACCUUUUCAAAAUGAGCUGGGCCUUGUUGGUGAAAUAGUAGUACGCAAUAACAAAAUGGUUAUUCCACAAGGCUUAAGAAGAAGGUUUAUGGAGUUAGCUCAUGAAGGACAUCCAGGUGAAUCAGCGAUGAAACGAAGGAUGCGCGAUAGAGUUUGGUGGCCAGGAAUGGACAAGGAGAUUGCUAGAUGGGUUGCUACUUGUGAAGGAUGUCGACUAGUCGGAUUACCUCAGAAACCAGAGCCGAUGCAUAGAAGACCGUUGCCUUCUGAACCGUGGAUAGAUGUGGCGAUCGAUUUCCUUGGUCCGUUGCCUUCCGGGGAUUAUUUGUUGGUGAUAGUUGAUUACUAUAGCCGAUAUAAGGAAGUCGAAAUUAUGACAAAAAUAACCGGCAAGGAGACAGUUAAUAGACUUCAUAGCAUAUUCAGGCGUUUGGGAUUCCCUCGCACAAUUACCUUAGACAACGCCAAACAAUUUCUCAGUUCGGAAGUGAGCGACUACUGUAAAACAAAUGGUAUUUCUCUGAAUUUCACAAUACCUUAUUGGCCACAACAAAACGGAGAAGUCGAAAGACAGAAUCGUUCACUAUUAAAACGACUGCAAAUUAGUUCAGCCUUGAAACGUGAUUGGCAAAAGGAUCUAAAUGAAUACCUUAUCAUGUACUACUCAACUCCGCACUCUGUAACUGGAAAAACUCCAACUCAGCUGUUGAUAGGUCGUACUAUUCGAACUAAAAUUCCUUUUCUAAGGGAUGUAGAGACAAACCCUUCAACUGAAGAAUUCCAGGAUCGCGACUGGAGUAGCAAGUACCAUUCUCAACAACGGGAAAACGAAAAACGGCAUGCAAAAGAAUCUAAUUUAAAGGAAGGAGAUAGAGUGGUGAUGCAAAACCUUACUCCAGGAAACAAGUUGGCAACUACGUAUGAUCCAGCGGAAUGUACAGUAAUAUCGAAGGCAAGAACACGCGUUACCGUGCAAAACCAACAGACAGGAAGAACUUAUCAACGCAGCUCGGCACAUUUAAAGAAGAUUUUAGACCGUGAAGAACAACUCCAACCUUCUACGCAUUCUUCUUCUUCACAGGACUUUCAAGAGGACCAUGAUGUAUCGGAAGGGGUUGGCAGGCAGGAUCAACCGACGACCUUUGAAGAACCUAAGCGCCUCGGGCAAGACAAGGAACAACCAGGGCCUUCUGAACGACCGAAACGAAUGAGUCGACGUCCUACGAAGUUCGAUGAUUACGUCGUCGAUGAUGAGUCUUCUGAUCCUUGA